UUCUCGUCUCUGGAACCAGUUGCGGAAACUCCUGGAAAUUUUUCCAGGCCAGUUGCCUCGUUCGCAGUUUCCCUCCAAGUUUCUUGCACCACUUACAUUAUUGGCUUAAAUAACACGGCCCAACACUUAGAAACACACACACACAGGGAGUCCCCGUACCCGGCGCAACACUGCUGGUUCAACACUCAACACCCCCCCCCCCCCAGCAACACAUUUCAUAUCCCCUCCCACAAAACCAUCAACACAGGUGUUAUAUAAACCCUUCCACAGCGCCAACACCUCCGUCUCACAACACCAGCAACACCUCCCACAACACCUGCCCCAGGAGUCACGGACCAGACAUGAAGACAUCAGCACAGGUGUUGACGUCCCUCUUGCUGACCCUGACGGUAUUGACCCAGGGUCAGGCGCGGUCACGAACAGCCCCGCAGAUCAACAGGCAACAAAACAGUUGGUGGAGCAAGAAGUCUGUUGUGGGGGCUCAAGAACACUCUCCCUCCUUGCAAGGACUCGCAACACACUCAGGAGGCGAGGCAGGUCUUCCUUCCUCAGUACAAGAGGCACCGGACUACCACUCCUCCUCCGGGCACUCGACGGAGGAGUUACUUGAAGGAGUUACCUGGGAGAUGAUGCUUGACACAGCCUCCUCCUCCUCCCACGGUGCUGGCGACAUCGCAACACUCCCAGCUGUCACCGACGGGUCACGCCUGUCUGGUGUCACGCUCCCCUGCACGCCCUCACCCUCCACGCCGCCCACGCUAGGACCCGCCCACGCCACGCUGGCCGCCCACGCCUCAUACUGGGCUACACACCUGCUCAAGAAUCUGAAACCUUCUAGAGAACCUGGAAACCUUCUAGAGAACCUGGAAACAUUCCAGAGAUCCUGA